CCGGACAGAGGCAGAAAGACGCUGCCUGCUCGGAUUGCCAGCGCAAAAGGAAGGUAAGGAGCGUUGCAUAUUAGAGAUUAGCCAGUCGGUGAGCAAUGGCCUCCAGACUCUGCAUGCCGUCUCCUGUGUGCCUGAUCGAGAACCGGGACAGGAAGCUUGUUGUCCAUCGGGAGGCCCUUCAGCUGCUCUCCGGAAUCCAUCAGCCAGUGGUAGUGGUGGCCAUCGUAGGGCUGUACCGAACGGGCAAGUCCUACCUCAUGAACAAACUAGCGGGCAAAAACUCAGGGUUCAAUCUAGGCUCCACGGUGCAAGCCAGCACCAAGGGAAUCUGGAUGUGGUGUGUUCCUUAUCCUGGUAAACCUGACCAGACCCUUGUGCUUCUGGAUACAGAGGGCCUAGGUGAUGUGGAGAAGGGUGAUGCCCAGAACGACUCCUGGAUCUUUGCUCUGGCCGUGCUCCUUAGCAGCACCCUGGUCUACAACAGCAUGGGCACCAUUGACCAACGCGCUAUGGACCAGCUCCAUUAUGUGACAGAACUGACGGAGCGCAUCAAAUCCAAGUCCUCACCUGAGGAGGACUCUGAGGUGCUGGAAGAUUCUGCCGAGUACGUUCGCUUCUUCCCGUCUUUCAUCUGGGCCUUGCGAGAUUUCACUCUGCAGCUGGAGCUGUACGGAAAGACGUGCACUGAGGACGAAUAUCUGGAAAAUGCCUUGAAGUUAAAGGAAGGCAACUCCCGUGAAGUUCAGCUGUUCAACCUGCCCCGCGAGUGCAUCCGGCUGUUCUUCCCCACCCGAAAAUGCUUCAUCUUUGACCGUCCCACCAAUCGAAAGAACCUGCACCACCUGGAGGAAAUGGAAGAGGAUGAGCUGGAGCCUGAAUUUGUGGAGCAAGCGCGCCAGUUCUGCCGUCACGUCUAUAGGACAUCCAAACCCAAGACGAUCCCAGGAGGGCACAUUGUCACUGGGCGCUUGCUGGCAAACUUGGUGGAGACCUACGUGGACACGAUCCGCAGCGGGGGAGUGCCUUGCAUGGAGAAUGCCGUGCUGGCUUUGGCUCAGAUUGAGAAUUCUGCUGCUGUUCUCGACGCCACUGCCCGCUACGAGGAGCUGAUGGACCAGAAGCUGCAACUGCCCACGGAGACCCUCCAGGAGCUGUUGGGGAUCCAUGCCAAAUGCGAGGAUGGGGCCCUCCAGGUGUUCAUGGCCCGUGCCUUCAAGGAUGACAAACAACAAUUCCAGGCUGAGCUGAUGCGAGCCCUGGAUCAGAAGAAAGAGGCGUACUGCCAUAUGAACGUACUGGAAUCCUCAAAAUGCUGCAAGGCUUUGUUGGCGCGGCUCUCUAAGGAACUGGAGGACAGAAUCCACAAGGCCUUUUACUCCCGACCUGGUGGCUAUCGGGAUUAUUUCAAUGAUGUCAAAAACAUCACCGUACGAUACCACCAGGAACCUGGGAAAGGAGUCAUGGCAGAUGCUGAACUACAGCAGUUCUUUAAGGGCAAGGAAGAUGUGGGCAGAGCCAUCUUGCAAAGCGACGAAGCCCUCACAGAGAAAGAGAAAGAAGCACAAGAUGCCAAGGCAAGGGCUGAGGCAGCAGAACGGGAGAAGGAAAUCCAGAAGCAGCAGCAGGCUGCGCUGGAGCAGAAGCUGGAGGACCAGAGGCGAAGCCACGAAGCAAACAUUCAGUACCUGAAGGAGAAGAUGGAGAGAGACAGGGAGAAGUUGCUGGAGGAGCAGAACAAAAUGAUGGACAGUAAACUUCGGGAGCAAAAGGCUAUGCUAGAUGCUGGAUUUCAGAAACGCGCUGAUGAGCUGAAUGAACAGAUUGGUCAGCUGAGAAGAGAGAGUGAAAACGUCAGGAAGCCAUCUUGGAUUUCCAGUAUACUGGAUGCUGCUUCGCUAGUGCUUCCGGGAGUUUUUGGCAAAGCUGUUGGAGUGCUUUCCAACCUCCUGGGGCGCAUCUAACCAAGUAGAAGGAGGGUGCUGCCCCUUAGAGCUCCCGCUUGUGCUCGCCUGCCCAUGUGGGCAAGAUGUGCUUCUUUGUUUUAGAACAACACUCUGUUAACAUGAACAAUGUCUUGAUGCAGGGAACAGGCAAGCAAGGGUAAUAGCAGCCAGACUCCAGGCCACUGCUGAUCGCUUCAGCGUGGCUAGUGGCAAUAUUAUGCAGUCAGUGCUGCGGCUAUUGCGAGGUUCACUUUACACAUUACACAGAGUUUGCCACUGAGUGUACACUCAACAGAUAGCUGCAACAGAUUGUGACUCCCUGACAAGUGUAGCUGCAUGAUAUACAUUUGCUACACCCACACCUUACACUUUUACUUUCUUUGUUGUAUACCUAAAUUUGUAACGUGUGCCGUUAAGAUGAGCAUAACCAGAGGGGAGAAAUCAUAUCCAAAGUAAGGCUGGUAGGCAUUCCACAGCUGGCGAAAUAGAGGACAGUAGAGAUGGGCAUGAACCGGAAAAAAAACGAACCAUGAGGUUCGUGGUUCGUCACGAUUCACAAACCACGAACCAUGAACUUUCACGAACCAGCCUCCAUCCGCGAACUGGCUUGUUUGGUUCAGCAGAAGGUCUGCAAAAAGCCUAACCGCCUUUGCCUAGGAAACUGAUAGAUCAGCGCCAGGUUGUCUGCAGUGACGAACUAAAAAAUGAACCAAACGAACCGGCCUAAAGUUCUUGGCGGUUCAUCAGAAAUGGGCUCUGACGAACUGCCGGUUCGCGAAAAAUCAACUGGCCCAGUUUGUGCCAAACUUUGGUUUGCAUUUCUGUUUGUGCCCAUCUCUAGAGGUCAGAUUAACUUUCUCUGGAGACUAAAGAAAAUCAAAAUGCUUUAAAACCCUAAACAGAAUGAAAAACACUUCACGGCUAGUUGCGGCGAAUGCAGAACUUGCAUCCAGCUGUUGUCUUCAAGACGCGGCAAGCUUUUUAUUACAACCAGCUCUUCCAUAUUUUACAACUACUUUGUUGAGUGCUAAAGUGCCGCUGUAAAAAAAACCUACCUCUUCACACAGGCUAGAUGUUACCGUGCAGUUUGCUUGCGCUUUGCUUAGUUUUGUCUACAGUAUUCAGUACUUCACUGGGAUUUCUCAAACAGUGUUAUUGGUUAUGGGGCUGAUGCUCCAUGCUGCAUGCACAUUCAUGUAGCGUAGUAAUCUGAGCCCAAGAAAUGUGACCUCCUCAAACCUGUAUCAUUUCCAGCAAAAUCUCUCUCUUCACAUUUCUUCCUAUCCAAGGGACUUGGGGUGCUCCUGGGCAAAAAGUCCCAGCACUUGACAUUCAACAAGCCCAAUAGCAUUGUGCUUGUUUUCACAUGGAUUGCUGCUAGUUCAUAGUACAAAUCUAAGAAUAGAAUGGAUCGCCUGGCUGAGUCACACUGUUUACACAGUGGGGUAGUUCCUCCUCCUAUCUUUUUAUUUCUGUUUGAAUGGUAAAACAGAUACAGGGAAAGCUCAGAGAAAUCUCUACAAUGAGACAGGCAGGUUUUGAACGGCCAGUUUUGUCUACCAUGUGGUGCUUAAAACUAUUUCUGAGAUGGUGACAAAGGCAAGAAGCACCUCUAAGAUGGCAUUAAUGUGCAAAGUUCCUACAGUGUUUUCUUUGGCUGGUGGGGACAGGGGGGGCAGUAAAAAGUCAGCAAACUAUUUACUUGCCAGUGUUACUUUGGAAACUAUUUCCAGACAUUGCUGCUGGCAAAGGCUGAGGAAGCCUGCCAAGAGAGGAGGGUUUUUGCCCAGGGGGUAAAAAGGAACCAGCCCAUCCCUAAGUAAGCUGUUCUCUGAAUGCAAUCUUGGUACCAGAUUUCAGUGUUAUUUACCAGAGUAAUGGUAGAGGAAUGUCCCUAGGAUGACCUAAAAUGUCGAGCAAGCUUUAGAGUUCCUCAGAAAUCUUCAUCAGACUGGAUUUUUUUUAAAAAAAGGUGGGAUGAAGAGGAGUGGGGGGGAGAUGUUGGGUAUUCUGGGAUUGCAACAGUUUUUGGAACACUGUAAUUGAAGCCAGUUUAAGGCAUGCAAAGAUGUCAGGUCAGGCCAGCCUGCCGGGACACAGGCCAAUGGGCCACUCUCCAUUGAAAAAUAUAACAGCCAGAAGUAAUUGGGAUUUCUCUUCAGCACCAGCUGAUCAAGGACAUCUGACUUUAAAUGAAGUUUUCAGAUUUGACAUAUUGGAAUGGAUUGGGGGGGGCAUAUCAGUCCAUGAAAUUCAUUCGUUAACAAGCUUAGAGUGGCUUUUAAACACUGAUGUUUGAAUGCAUGCUUGU